GACAACCCACACUUCUUAGAGGUGCCAGCUUCCCUUUAGAGAGAAAAUCAGCAUGGAACCUGUUGUAUCUCUACACCCAAAGCUCCUGGUUUGCAUUUUAUGUUUAGAACUGAGUGUAGGAAUUCUCUAAGAUCACUCAGAUUUUCCAAUUCUUAAGAAAGGCUAAGACCUUUGCAACUGUUUUUUUUUUUUGGGGGGGGUAGAAAAUCCAAUAAUAUUUAGUCCCUCAGUGAAUGUAGCCUGUCUGGCUUGGAUUUUUCAUUUUGUUCCAGAUGCAAUAUAUAUCCUAGAAAGCUAACAGACCAAUCUUAAAACGUCUACUUGGAAGUAAGCCCCAUUGUUUUCAGUGAGAUUUAACUCUCGCAGAAAUCUUUCUAGGAUUGCAGUUUAAGCAAAUGAGUGAAAAUGUAUUUAAUGUCACAGUGUAAAGCACGCAUAAUUAAUUAACAUUAAUUCACCCAGCCUCUCCCACUUUUUAAUCAAUCUGCUCAGUUGCAAUCACUCCCUUUGCCUUAAUUGAGCUUGCAAUUAAACCCAAUUUCUUCUCUUGAAAAUGCCCCCCCCUAAAAGUUACUGAUUUUGCAGGCUGGGUUGAAACUAAAUCAGUCCUCACCCCCAUCCAUACUCAUGGGAAGCUAGAGGGGGUGUGUGGAGUGUGUUUCAGCAGGGCUGGUUAAUGCCUUGAUGGCUACCUGCCUGUUGUAGCUCUGAAUUUAUCAAUAUGCUUAUUGACACAGUGUCAGUCCCUCGGCUCCAAAGGCUGGAUAGGAUUUCCACAUAAUCUGGCCCAGUAAUGGCAAUAAUAAUAAUAAUUGUCUAGAAGUAUAGAUUUUAGGGACUGCCCUCUCUCUGGAUCUUCCUUGACUGGCUACCACCAGGUAAAUGGACUGGAUGUGAUGUUCUUGUCUAUCUGCAAAAAUUCCAAUGCUAUUCUAGGCUGUACCUACAGAAGUAUAGUGUCCAGGUCAGGGGAAGUAAUAGUGCUGCUUAAUUUUGCCUUGGUCAGACCACAUCUGGAGUGAUACAGUUUAAGAAGGAUAUUGACACAGUUUAAGAAGGAUAUUGACAAGCUGCAAUGUGUGCAGAGGAGGGCAUCAAGAUGAUCAAGGGUCUGGAAACCAAGCCUUAUGAAGAACGGUUGAGGGAAUUGGGUAUGCCUACCCUGGAAAAGAGGGAUGUGGGUGGCACUGUGGGUUAAACCACAGAGCCUAGGGCUUGCCGAUCAGAAGGUCGGCGGUUCAAAUCCCCGCGACGGGGUGAGCUCCUGUUGUUCGGUCCCAGCUCCUGCCAACCUAGUAGUUCAAAAGCACGUCAAAGUGCAAGUAGAUAAAUAGGGACCGCUACAGCGGGAAGGUAAACGGCGUUUCCGUGUGCUGCUCUGGUUUGCCAGAAGCGGCUUUGUUAUGCUGGCCACAUGACCUGGAAGCUGUACACCGGCUUCCUCAGCCAAUAACGCGAGAUGAGCGCCGCAACCCCAGAGUCGGUCACGACUGGACCUAAUGGUCAGGGAUCCCUUUACCUUUACCCUGGAAAAGAGGAGACUGAGAGGAGAUUUGUUGUUGUUUAGUCAUUUAGUUGUGUCCGACUCUUCAUGACCCCAUGGGCCAGAGCAUGCCAGGAGUUAUGAUAAUCAUCUUCAAAUAUCUUAAGAGCUGUCACAUGGGAGAUGGAGCAAUCUUGUUUUCUCCUGCUCCAGAGGCUCCUAUUCCAAUGGAUUACAAGAAAGGUGAUUCGAACUAAACACCUGGAAGAACUUUCCGAGGAUAAGAGCUGUUCAGCAGUGGAAUGCACACCCUCAGAAGGUGGUGGACUCUUUUUCAUGGGUGCUUUUUCAGCAGGGGUUGCAUGUCCAUCUGUUAUAGAUACUUUAGUUGAGAUUCCUGCAUUGCAGGGGUUGGACUAGAUGACCCUUGGUCCCUUCCAACUCUAUGAUUCUCUGAUGCUUUAUGGCCACCUGUAACCUGAUUCCUCAUCCAUACCUGUAGACAUCCACUAUCAGCUCAUGGGUCAUUGCAACACGGUUGGUUAAUAUACUUGGGCUAACCUCCGGUGGUGAAACAUGCAAACAUGAUUCAUUAAUUUUAUUUACCUAUUAUAUGUUUUUGUACCCUGCUUUUCCUCUGAUCCAGAGUACAUUGUGUCAUGCACAGUUCAUGCUGGAGGAAGUACUCAGACUCAGAUUUCUUUUUUUUUGCUAAAAAUGUUAAUCUCCAAAUCAGUACAGUACAUGGGACACCGGAGCAGCAGGUGCAGGGCAUGACCAAGCAAGCGAAGACAUUGGUCCAUAAGCUAACAUAACAUAAGGAAGUGGUGCAGGCACGGUUUCAGUGCUGCAAGCAAGAUGCAUCUUGGGAUUGACCAAGGAAACAGGAACUCCUCCUCCUCGUGAGCUAGACACGAGCUGUCUGUUUGUACUUGUCUGUGUCCACUGUGUCACACUGUGUCCAGUGUGGUGUAGUGGUUAAGAGCGGUGGACUCGGUAUCUGGUGAACUAGGUUCGAUUCCCCACUCCUCCACAUGCAGCUGCUGGGUGACCUUGGGCUAGUCACACUUCUUUGAAGUCUCGCAGCCUCACUCACCUCACAGAGUGUUUGUUGUAGGGGAGGAAGGAAAAGGAGAUUGUUAGCCGCUUUGAGACUCCUUAGGGGAGUGAUAAAGCGGGAUAUCAAAUCCAAACUCUUCUCUUCUUCUUCGUAGGUGACACAGAAGGUGGCAACACCAGCUUGGAGCCAGACUAGGUGCUUCCUGGGUGGGCAGAGGUUCAUCACUGGGAUUGCUGAAGGUGGAAGCUCUGGCAGAGUAGCAGGUGGUGCCAAGCCCAGAGGUAGAGUGGGUGGUAUUGGGACUGCGAGUGAGACUGGCAGGGGGCGGCUUGGCAAGGCGUGGCUGGGUGACAACCUCCCUGGGAUCAGAGUCCUCACCUACAGUGUCUUCCUCCAGCAGCUCUGAUGUUUUUUGGGCACAGACACAGCUAGCUGCAACCUGAUGAGUCCCCCUCUGAGGUCAACAGCUGGCAACUUUUCAAGAUUCUCCUAUCCCUUCUUCUGAUCUGACCACCCCCUUUCAGGACAUCUCCUCAGGGCUUCUGAUGUAGGACAGCUUCACUUAGUGAACCACUAGAACAACCAUCUAAAAUAAACAAAGCAAUAAAACCAAACCCUUCAAGUGUCCCUGUUUUCUAGGGACAUCCCUGAUUUAAAGAAGCCAUCCCGGAUUCUGAUUUGAUCCUGGAAUGUCGCGCUUUUCCUUAGGAUGUCCCUAUUUUCAUUGUAGAAAUGUUGGAGGGUAUGGAGUUAGCCAACCCCCAAGCCGUCUGAAGGCAAUCCUGUAUAAGGAAGGUUUUUUUUAAUGUUUAAUGUUUUAUUAUGUUUGUAGUGUAUAAAUAGUAAAAUUAUCAUUAUGGAUUGGGAUGUUCAUAUUUUCAUUGGAGAAAUGUUCGAGGGUAUGUAAAAUCAUUGCAUUAGCAGGGCCAAAUUCUACAUUAGGAGAAUCAGAUAUGAUCCAUGGCUUCUACUUAACUUUUUCCAUUUUAUGGGCUGUCCAAGAUACCCAAAGAUGCUACAAGCAGCACCCUUACCUGGGCUUUCAUGCUGCUUGUGUUAAAGCUGAUUCCCUACAGAAACUAGCAAUAUGUGCAUUUUUAAUUCAACAGGACUUUCGUUGUGCUUCCAUCACAGGGACAAUACAAUAUAAACCCCUUGCUGAGCCCUGGAUCUAUGUACCCAUAGAAUAUCCUCCAACAUUUCUCUGAUGAAAAUAGGGAUGUCCUAAGGAAAAGCGGGACAUUCCGAGAUCAAAUCAGAAACCAGGACGGCUUCUGUAAAUCUGGGACUGUGCCGGGAAAAUAGAGGAACUUGGAGGGUCUGGCAGCUGUUCCAUUCAGAGGCAGCUCAAAAUCUGCUGCUGCCUGAGGCAGAACAUCCAAACAGUGUUCCACACAGAGGUAAAAUGACUGAAUUAACAGGAAAUGUGCUGUCUUGAAUGGUACUCCUCAUCUGAGUCACUGUGCCUGACGUUUAGGACCCGCCUUGGUUCCGAUGGCAGCAAAGUUCAGGUGCUAGUCAUAGUUUGCAUCCCUGCAAAACAACAACAGCAGGGAGAAGUCUUGGGAGAGUCUCCCCAAUGGGAACAAGAGUUAAAAUCCCCCCUGCAGGGAGCAUGAGGAAGAAGGGCCAUCCAUGCAGUCUGGCGCCGCAGAGCAGUAAAACCGCCUUUGGGGAGGCAGCUUGCAAGGUGAGCCAGAACAAACAGUACACCGUGCCUUAAUCUCGAGCUGCCAUCAAGAUAAGGCAGCAGAGUAACCACCACUUGCCUCGCCCAGUUGUGUGGGCUUUUUUCCUCAACCCACACCUUGGCACCAAGGUGUGUGACUGGCUCCUUUUGAAUCAUCACAACAUCCGUUAAAAAGAAGGAGACGCAAACAAACAAGUGGUUUUUUUCAAUAUGUGGGGGUGGCAGCAAACGUUAUUGCUGCCGCCGCCACUGCCCUCCCUGACUUCCUUGUCCUGCUCUGCUGCUGGUGCCAUCUGAGGCCUGCUGCUUGCCAGUUUGUGUACUAACACUGAUGUGCUGUCCUUGUGCAGUACAGGUGGCUGCUAGUGCUCGCUAAAGCUCUCUUGUCUAUUUCUGGCACCGGCCACUUCGCUUGGCCUCUUUCCCUCUUUCAUGUUGCUUCUGGUAAUGAUAAUCGGGCAAGGAAUGUAGUUCCAGGUUGGGAGCUGAGCUGAGGGUGGCCUCCCCCCCCACUUCUUUGUUGGCACAUCUGACCAUGAGGUUUUGUUUAAAGGGACAGUGCCCCAAGGAUAUUGGAAGGGCCACUAAUUAAAGCUGGUGAUUACUGUUAUUACUCAGUCUUGCACUGUCUGGCAAUCUUCAAAGCAGGUUUGGAAAUAACUGCGACAUGGCUGUAGAAAUGCCUGCUCGGUUGAGAUACAAAUAGACGUCUCUUGCCACGUCUCUUGUUUAUUGCGGUGACAUUUUGAAACACAGUUGGUCAAGAGUGGAAGAGCCAGAUCAUAUGAUCCAUGAAAGCUACCUGCUGAUCCCAUUUCCUGCUCUUAGACUUGCCUGUUACUCCUUCCAGUGUUAAAAUAAGGAAAAUGCACCCAUGUUAAGUGAUUACUGUAUCACUGAGCAAGUGGUACCGAUUGAGGAGUUCUAGUACAGUAUAGUUAAAUUAUCCUUGCUUCCUUUACCUCCAAGGAGCUUGGUGGCAUAUAUUCUUCUCUGCUACCGCUGUCACCCUCACAACAGGGAUAGCCUGACCACUGUAGUCUACCCUGUUUCCCUGAAAAUAAGACAUACCCAUAAAAUAAGCCGUAGCAGGAUUUCUAUGCAUUUGCACAAUAUAAGCCAUACCCCGAAAAUAAGACAUGGACGCUGCGGCGCUCUGAUUUUUUUCUUUUAUGACUAAUGGUAUGCAGGGCUUUAAAAUAAAAAUAAAAAUAAAGAAAUAACAACAGACCUGUGAGGUACAUUAGUCUGAAAGAGAAUGACUGAGCCAAUGUCACCUAGUGCGCUUCAUGGUCCAGUAGGAUUUGAAUCAGAGUCUAGUUAGUUGUAGUACAACACUCAAAUCCCUACACUACACUGGCUGUCCUGUAGCGAAUCAAGUAAUGCAAUCGCAAAGAAUCCCAUAGUAGUAUUGAGAGACUUCUGCGCAUAUUUUCCAGAGAAGGGUUCUAGAUGUAUAGCAUAUGCACCAUGCAAACACAGUGGAAGUUAACUUCUAAUGAAAGAUGCCUAGGAUUGCUUUGUUCUUUAUCCUGAUGAAAUUGUGGACUCUGUGAGGAUCGCAUUACCAUUUCUCAGGUAAACUCUUAAUGGCCUGAGUUCUCCUUCAGUCUCAAAGAAUAUCUAGGUGGUGAAAGCAGUAAAACUGAGCUUGGCAAACAGUUCUUGUAAUCUUGGGCUGACUUCUCCUGGCCAAGGUGUGGACAAAAUUGCUGAGUUGCCUCUUAAUGACAGGCUUCAGCCCCAGAACUUCAAAAGCCCUCGGGGGCAUAAAAGGGUGUUUAAUGACCAGUUGGGAGUGCGCGUGUCUCAUUAUCUCAAGAUCAUUUCAGGCUUGCGAAAUGAUGAGGAUGCUUCUUAACAUGGUUACUGCACCUGUUUUUCUGCUGCUUGCAGAAAUUAAAGGGAACUGGCUCAAUUAAGCCACGAUCUGGGAUGGAGACAUUCUGGCUGCAGCCUGUUAGGGGGUUCCAUCCUCAUCUUUGCUGCAGAUGUCAGCAUCUCCGGUGUCGCUGCAGAGAUGUAGCUCUGUUUAUGCAAAGUACAGGCCUAGAUAAAUAUAGUUAGCUCUGUGUUUGGUUUCUAAGGGGUAUUUGUAUGCUCAUUAAUGUUAAUGCGCACAUUUGCAACUAGAUUUGAAGUUGCAGCUAUGUAAACUCUGGACUCAGUAAGAUAAUGCACAUUUAUUCCCAUUCAUUUUUUUAAAAUUGCUUUUUUGCAUUAAUGAUUCAGACCACCUUGGUGCUAACCAAAAUGAGCAAUGCAGCUUCUUAAAUGUCUGUUGUUGGAAAAUUAGAGAUUAUAUGUGUUUGGAUUUUUUUAAAAAAAUAAUAAUCCUGGUUUCUGAACAUGGUGUAUGUUUCUGGCAUGGCGUGUGCAUGAAUUAGUUUAAGGGUGCUUAGGAUAACACUUGAGUGAGAUGGACUGUGGAUAGCACCGUUGAAGAGGAAGGUGAGUGGAAGGGAAGGCCAAGGAAAUUACAGGGACCCUGACAGUGGAAGUAUAUUUUUCUGAUUACAUACCCUGCAAGUGUCCUGGAAUAAAGGGACAUCGCAUUUCCCCCUUGCGAGAGCAUGGGUGCCAUUUUGGGAGUGAAAUUGUGUGCGAUCUAGCAUUCCUGCUUUGGGACACAACAUGUUGGAGGGUAUGCUGUUAUUGCUUCUUAGGGGCUGAAUCUGUUUACUCAGUGGUGGUCUUCCUCACCUCCUGUGCAAUCUUUGCAAAAAGAUGCACCUCUGCUUUCAUGGAGACACUCUAUACUGGGAAUAAAGUGGGAGUGGGCUGUACUUGUUUUUGUUUUUAAACUAAGUAACCACCCAACUGGUUUCAUGCACCAGGGCUGUAGCCAGCCCUUCUUUGUUGGGUGGCUUCUUCUUCUUCUUCUUCUUCUUCUUCUUCUUCUUCUUCUUCUUCUUCUUCUUCUUCUUCUUCUUCUUCUUCUUCUUCUUCUUCAUAGAAUACAUGAGAAAUCAUUGAUUCCCUCUAAAUUGACAUGAAUACCUUUUUGUCAGUUAGAAAAGUCAAAGAGAGGGCCUGUGUAUAUUUUUCUCUCAGUGCACUCACUGACUAUGGCAGUCCGGUGCACCCAAAUGAAUUUUGGAGUUGCACUCCUUGAACAGCAGUUCCCAGGCUACAUAACAAAAUGCUUUCUGAAAAUGAAGGGAGUUCCAUCUGCUAUAGGGCAAGGGUGGGGCACAUAUUUAUCAGGCCAAAGAGAGAAAUAGUUCUGUGUAUAGUAUAGUAUAGUAUAGUAUAACUAUCCCACCUUUUGUACAGGUGGACUAGUUUGUACACACACUCACAGACCCCUCUCUAUGCCCCAUCCAGGCAAACAAGAGGCAUGAUCAGAAUUCAAUGGCACAGUCCAGUUCGUGCUCCAGGAGGUCACAGAAGGAGGAUGUUUGGGGAAGAGUCCUAAGGGUCAGAAAGAGAUGCCUGCAGGGCCAUGUUUGGUUCCCCCAAGCCCAGGUUUCCUUGCCCUUGCUGUAAGGAUAUACUAUUCAAGAGGGGGAUCAUUUCUCUUAUAAGUGAAGUACUAUAUGGCCCAAACCAUGUUGGGAUCUUGAAAGUUUUUGAGGAAGGAAUGUGUUUUUUCCUUAAACUAUUUAGACAGCAGAAUUCCACUUCAGAAGUUUUGUAAAAAAAAAUGUAAAUCAGAUCGUAGGGUUUGGGUGUGACGUCCUUGCCUUUUUACAAAUGCCCCAUCUAGGGGAGAUGCUUGAACAUUAUUGCAUUGAAGUUAUGGAACAUCUGGAAUAUGCUGAGCAUAUAUGUUGGGUAUUAGCCUAAAACCGCUUUAGAGCAGGAUUAUAGUCAAUGGGAGCAUUUGAGACUUAGUUGUAAAUAUAGCCAGGUUUUGAGUCAUGUGGCUUUUAUAUCUUUAUAAGUGAAAGGAACUCCUGGAAUUCAGCUUUCUCAAAUCAACAGUAAAAGUGUACUCUGUAUGUUGAGUUGGUUUUUUUUUGGGGGGGGGUAUUCUGCUUCCAGAGCAAAGGGGUAAGGGGCUUUAAUAAGCAGAGCCAGACCCUGCAGCAUUCAAGAACAGUACUUCAUCAGCCUUUAUCUACCGUAAGUUUAUCUAAGUUAUGCUAUUAACUAAGACCGGAUAUAUAAAAGGGAUCCCUUGUGCAUAUCCGCAUAUGACCGCUACAAAGCAUCCAUAAGUUGAACCAGGAAAGCUUUUGAAUGUGCUUGUUCAUGUGGUUUUCAGAUGGCAGCAGGAAGGAGAGAGUGCCAAUUUUCUCACUUGCAUUUGCCAAUUUAAAGACUGAUUCAUAUGGCUGGUUUUUUUUUUAACCUGCCAGCAAUGGGAUUGCCCUAUUUGCAAUGAAACUCAUCCAUGUUGCCAUACUAUAAACACCUGUCAGUGCCCUUGCAGGAUUAACUGGCCCAACUAACUAGUUAAAAUUAAUAGUCCACUCAAGGUAGCUUCAGUCAUGGCAUCAACCUGUGAAGUUGUCAUAUGAUUCAGCCCUAAAUUCAUAGGAGAUGUUAGGAUCGCAGUGUCGAGGAUACACCCAGAGAAUAUAGCCACCCAGAGUGGCUGGGGCAACCUAGUCAGAUGGGCAGGGGGCUACUGCUAAUACAUGUCUUUGAGACUUUACACCAGCCUUCCCCAAACUGGUGCUCUCCAGAUGUUUUGGAUUUCAGCUCCCAUCUGCCCCAACCAGGCUGGCCAGUGGUCAGAGGUGAUCAGAGUUAUAGUCAAAAACAUUUGGAGGGCACAAGGAGAAGGGGACGACAGAGGACGAGAUGGUUGGAUAGUGUUCUCAAAGUCACCAACAUGAGUCUGACCAAACUGCGGGAGGCAGUGGAAGACAGGAGUGCCUGGCGUGCUCUGGUCCAUGGGGUCACGAAGAGUCGGACACGACUGAACGACUAAACAACAACAGGUUAGGAAAGGCUUCUCUACCAAGCUGAAGGCAAAAGUGCACAGGGAUUUAUACAAGUAGCAUAUGCCAUUUGUUUACUCCUGCCUGAUACUGUUGUUGACAGGUAGAAAGCUCUGUGCAAUGGCAUGAUUGAUGAGUUCAGUAUGCAUGGAAUCUGCAAGCAUGUUGCUGCCUGCAUUGGGUAGUAAAACAGCUGACAAGUAGAGUAAUCUGGGAUACUUUUCUAGAGAUUAUCUAAGCAUUAGAAAAAUACAGCUACAACCGGCCAUAAUCUAAAACCUGCUGGAAGAAGUGGCAAUCUUUUGACACAAAGCAAUAGGAUACUUUGUGAAUAUGUUUGGGUUUGGGUUCAUCCAGAGAGGCAAAUGCAUCACUAAGGAAGUUGACAUGUAAAAAGAGGAUACAGAUGUGCACCUGCUAAUUUAGAAAUAAAUUACCGCAGUGUAGCUUAAAACAGUGUUUCUCAACCAGUGUGCCUCCAGAUGUUUUGGGACUACAACUCCCAUCAUUCCUGACCACUGGUCUUGCUAGCUAGGGAUGAUGGGAGUUGUAGUCCCAAAACAUCUGGAGGCACACUGGUUGAGAAACACUGGCUUAAAAGCAUAAUACACCUCACCCUAGUGGGGAAGACUGUGCCCAAGUGGUGUGCUUGCCUAGUCUGCUCUUCAGCUGCUAACUGUGGAUAGGCAACUUCAGGGCUCCAGCUCUGCCUUCCUACAGUUCUUUAUCUUUAAACUGGACUAGGACUGGACAAAUGCUCAGAACUCCUAUCCCAGGCCUCUAGCUAGCUUCCAAACCCAACUCUCAUCCUUUCUCCUUCUGAGCAAAGAAAGCUGAGCAGAGAGAUGAGAUUCAAUACUUGGCGUAAAAUGGCUUCAAGACUUUUUGCUCCUCCACAGCUGCACUGCAACAAACGAUGCUACAGUUUGGUGCUUCCGGCCCUGGUUUUCAGAGGAACCGCUUUAUCUUCCUUCUUGGAAUUUGCAUAGGAUUUAGCUUUGCCAAGGACAAAAUGAAGUAAAAGCAAGGGCAGUGAAAUGUCCAGCAGCUGGUUGAAGUGUGACUGUGCUACAAAAGGCCGAGAUCAGCAGCUUAGCUGCGAACAUUGCAAAACUUCCUUCUUUCCCUUUAUUGAGGAUGUCCCCAUCUUUCCAGGAAAAGGUGGAAUCACCUAUGCAGUGGGAUACAUGAAUGCACAGAUUCCUCCAUGUUCUGGGGUAUUUAGGCAGAGAGCUAGCAAGAUGCUAAUAAAAGAGCUGACAAAGAGCAGUAAAAUCCUGCUAGUUGCUAUAAGAAACAGCUCUCCUGGGAAAUUUAAAAUCUGCUGUAUUAACUUUGCCUAAAUCUCCAGGGUUGACACUUCCCAUUCUGUCUGAGACUGGGGGGUGGGGUGGGGUGGAGGAAUGAAAACCUUAGUUCUAGUUGUCUCUGGUGCUUUUAUUUGGAAUCUGUUCCAGUAAUCUGUUUAUGUCUUAAAUUCUGCAAUGUCCCUAUGCUCCUAUGGCACUUGGGUGAAACUCUUGCCCUUGCUCCACAGAUGCUGAUGCAUCAAUACUUGUACCGGUAGCAUCUUUGCAGUGCAAAUGCCUUGUUUUGACAGUUUCUCUGCUUUUGAACUUACCCCAGCUUUCAAAGCAAGCCAUGGCAAGGAUAUUCUGAUGCUAAUGUUCUCAGUGAAAAAGCUGGUGUAGCACAAAUGCUAGCAAACGCUCAGGUGCUCCUGUCAUGCUGGUGGGAUAUCGGUGGUGAUGUUUGGUAGAUGGUUUGGCUUUCAAAAUUUUGCUCUCUCGUUGUGCCUUUCAAACAACUACAGUCUGCUUUAUUGUUUAUCGACUAGCUUCUUCAUAGUAUUAGCCUGGCUUUUCUUGAUUGGCCGCCUGGCACUACCUUUCCUAGAAGAGCCACUACAUCUCAACAUCUCUGCCUCACCCUCUGCCCCCAGUUGACACAACUUCACUCUGCUUUGUGAAAAUGGGUGCUUUUUGUAUCUUUAGUUAGAGAAAAUUAUUGCCCUUUUCCUCUCUCUUUAUAUUUUUUUUAAUUGCAUUUUUGUUUAUUCGAGGUUUGGUUGAUUUGCACACCCAUCUUUGGUUGCUCAGUUCCCUUGAGAUACACACACACACACACACACACACACACAGAGAGAGAGUGUGUGUGUAUAUAUAUGAAUAUUUUAUGAUUUACUACACUCAGUAAACAAUAUACAUGUUCUAACAGUGUUGAAAACAUCAAUAUUUAAAGUUGAUGUUUGAAGAUUUUAUAUAAGCAAACUAUUUUGCUAUUACAAAGCUGCAAUAAAUAUUAUAAAUGGAUAAAAUCUAUAUUUAUAUUUUUAUAGGACCUUAUUUUAACUAGCUUUUCCACUAUGGAGUGUGUUGACUGGAGAGCAGAGCCUCAGGCUGGGCUGCAAACUGAGCAUCCUGCCAAGAACUAUUACACCCUGAGCCACACUUGCUUGGGGAUCACAGCUCUUUGGAUUGGGAGGCAAGGUGCCAAGGAUCUGGCUGAGGUUUAAAUUGCGCAUUGUGAGCCCAGGUUUUCCCAAACUCAGAAGAUGGGAGAGAUUUCCUGUUUAAUAAGGUGUAUUGCAUGUUUAACACUGUCCAUGAAAGGGUAGCAGACAGACUUUACCUUUCAGCUGGCAAAUAUACAGGAGAUGAUGAAAUAAGCAAGGAAUGUUCCUGGGAGGUAAAGCAGGUUGAAGGUCAGUUGCCUUAGGAACAGGAAGCACUUAACUGGAGCCAAAGAAAGGUAGCAUGAAAAGGUAGCAUGAAACAGUGUCACUAAAGUACAAAGCCUUGUUUAAAGGAAAGUACCUAGUGCAAGAUGGGACUGAAUUUUCCAGUAGGGUGGAAUUGGGUAGCAAACAGAUUUAGCCAUCAUUCAGAUUUGUUGUUCCUGUUGUUGGCAUCCAUCUGUCUCGAGAGACAACGGAGUGUGCCUCUGUGGAUGAAGUCAAACCACUGCAUUAGCAGCACCGGAGUGACUUUCCAGGGGUGCAAGUUUGGGCAGUGUGUAUGGACGUCAUGGGCUGCCCAGACAACAAGAUCCUCCUCUCAGGCUCACUGAUGUGGUCUAAAGGAAAGUAGACAAUAUGUUGGGCACCAGUUUGCUGCAGGAGUUGCCAGAAAGAGGCAUACAAGGCUUCAUCCAACCAUCUUAGGGACUCCACUUCCUUAUUUGUGUAGGGUUUACUCCUUAACCUUUUCUUCUCUUAAAUAUAUCUCACAAGCCAGUAAAGGUCUAGAACCAGAGUUUUCCUUCUUCUAAAUGUGCCACCAUCCAGAUCCCCUCACUUUCCUCUACCACACAUGCAGAAAACGCCUUAUUGGCUGUUGGGCCCCACUAUUGCUCUCAUCCGCUCAAUCUGUCAGAGCCUGUCUUUGCAUACAGAAGUCCCUAACUCACCAAGGGUUUGAGACCCACCGGUUACCUUCACCUGGUUUAGCCAGCCAGUCAAAGCCAUUCCUGGAGUGUGGCUGCUAUCACAUGCUGACAGCUUCUAGGAGCCACAGGUGACAGCUGAGUGCCAGGGUGGGGACCAAAGGGUUGUUGUUGUUGUUGUUGUUUUAUUGUUCUAUUUGGUGUCUAUUUUUAAACACACCUGAAUAGCUUCAAAGGAAGAUACAUCUUAUUCUUUCCAUUUAAAUGGGCAAAGCACUCCCUUGCACUUCAACAGCCUCCAGCAUUUGAUUGCAACAGAAUCCAUUAAAAUGUCAGCCAAACUAUUUAGUGAUGAGCAGAUGGGGCAGUACAUAGAAUCUCAAAAGCAGGCCUCCUGAAUAAGUGACCCUGGGCCUUUUAGUUCUAAGGCAUGUAUGUGAGGCAAUUUGCAAGCCAUCCCACACCCUCUGCACGCAGAAUGUGCCACAAGACCUACCAUAGUAAUUGAGAUUUUAUCAGAGUCCGUCCAACUUUAAUAGUGUUGUAGCAGCAGCUGCCUCUAUGAUCUCAUCUAUAAAAUGGACUUGACGAUAUACUGUUGUUUUAAAUGAAACUAGGUUCCAGCUAGUCAUUUGUAUGUGAGUGCUCUUGUAAUCCACUUCAGGAGUGUUUUGCAUGGAAUGCUGCUCUGCAUUCAAUCUAUGGAACAUUUCAAGUGUUAACACCGAUGCGGAAGCCAUUUGGAUUUGUGUUGUACUGUAAAUCACCUCAGAUGCCUCAAGGAAAGUGACUCAUAAAUGAAAGAAGAAGAAUAAUUUCCACAAAGGGCAUGAAAAUUGGCAUUGGCAUUUCCCUGAUCUGUUAUUCAAAUGCAAAACUUGGAACAUUGUUCUAUCCUGCAUUAGUAGCAAAUCAGAUAUUUGUAGAUAUAAUUUGAGAAACAACAUGGAGAGGUGCAGGGUGGAUCGUUCCUUAGCUCUGUGGGCUGCCUCACACAUUAAGUUGCAGCUUUUCCCCAGCGUUAGGGGAGUUGUGGCCAAUAACUCCCAUUUCCUGAGUGAAUGCUCUGGCAUAUGUUAGUCAAGUCUAUGCAUUACAUGUUUAAGGUGUGCAUGCCAAAUUUUUCAUGUAUAUGUCAUAUGUUGAAACUGUCUGCGGGUCAACAGUUGAAGCCAUGUUAUAGUGGGCUUGGAGAGACCUUUCCUCUCCUUCCUUACACUUUCAGUUCUCCUUUUGUUCAAUAGUCAAGCUGCCUGAAGAAGAAAACUGGGGAUGCUGGAGAAGAGUGGAAUGAAACACACACACACACUCUCUCUCUCUCUCACACACACACUCACUGGGGGUGGGGUAUCUUUCAUUUGGGAACCAAGUAGGCCCUGUUGCAAAAGGUAAAGUCAGAUCCCAUUCACAGAGGGAGUUGUAAGCUGCUUGUCUGAUGCGAGCAAGCCAGACAUGCUCAAGGCAUUCUCCUUGGCAGCAGGGAAGCUGGAUUGGAGGGAGGAGGAGGAGAAGGGAAGGGAAAAGAGAAGCCAGGGUAUUUCAGCAAUGCACAUAACACUCACUGCUGUGGAGGUCAGCGCCUGGACACAGCUCUUAUGGCAGCCGAUGGAAUGUAAAGGGCUGGGCUUUGCAGCGGGAAGAAAGCAGAGGAACUUUGAUUCUUCGUAAUUAAAACAAACCCAGCAGCCGCAGAGAAUCAGCCACAGUUCUCUUAAAUGCUCUUUGCUCCAGGCAGCUUCUGGGGAGGGGAUUUCACAGUCCAUCUGUCUCCUCUGGGUCAUUCUGGUGCUGCUCAGUACCAGCCAACCCAGAAGUGUAAUUCCUUCUGUAAAAGUGGGAUGCAGUUUGAUUUCCCUCCUUGCCUUGUGCACAAGAUUACACUCUUGCACCCUUGACAAAACACAGGUCUAUCCCUGUGCAUUUCAGUAUCAGUCCCAGGCUUUUCAUGUUCUUCUAGUAUCAUAGAGUUGGAAGGGACCCUGAGGACCAUCUAGUUCAACCCCCUGCAAUGCAGGAAUAGGCAGCUGUCCCUUAUGGAUAUUGAGCCUCUAAUCCUUGUUAAAAACAAACUGUGGCUUAAUGAGAACAAGCAGGGAGUUAUUGUCACUGAAAGUUCUUGCGCUGGUUCUCCCCACUGCUGCUACACUAUUGAGAAACAAGUCCGUGUCUGGCCUGUUGUGAUAUCUAAGCCUGGGAGCUGUAACCAAGGUUUAUUCUUGGCUUGCUGCUCAUGGUUGGGUGUUUUUGUUUUUUUUGGAGAGAGAGAAACAAACCAUGUGCCGGGGUGCAGACAUCCUGACAAGCCAGACUCUAGGCUGUUUGCUGACAGCAUGGCGCAUGAGGAGUGAAGCGAGAACUUUUCUGCAGCAUCCACUGGCACACUGUACAUUCACAUUAAACUGUGGCUUCCUUUUCAAUAAAGUUUCUUUUACCUGCAGACCAGGCCCCUCUGUUCAAUGGGGCGUACACCCAGAAUUGCAGCCAGGAAUUAGCUAAUCCAGAAUGAUUAUCACCUUCUGCUCACAGACUCUUCCGGCUUCUGUGCUUUGAAAACAUGAAAGAAAUCUACCCUUAUAUCAACUAAAGCCACUGGGUCUAUUCCUAAGUAUGACUAAUUAUAGAUCCAACUCUAUAAUGACACAUGCUUUGCUGUGUUACAGGGCAGCUUUAUUCACUAAGGGUCUUAUUAGUAAUCUGCCUUAAAAUAAGACCAAAAUUGUUAUGUGCACAUUCGAGGGUGGUGGCUAAAGAAGGAAUGCAUCACCCGGGGGAAACCAGAGGUCACAGAUCUGCAUCAUAUUUGCCUAUGUUUGGUGUUAAGUCAUACAUAAUUUACUAUAAUUUAGAUAGAAAUACAAUCAAUCUCCCUAUUGUGUUCAUUCAUGGUUUUUACCUCUUUUGUUAGCCAUCUUGAGCUUCUUAGGGGAAGGGUGGAAUACAAAUAAACAAUUGGGAAGGUGGCCACCUGGUGACCUGUGAUGGUUUCAGUCUGUUCUCCAGGUGUUCACUGUUGAUGGGCAACAUCCAGACCUCUGCUCUCCUCCUUAAGCUUUUUUAGUUUCAAACCAAAUGGGGGGGUUGUAUGCAAUGAAGCUGAUAGCAACAAGUGCCAUGGGACUUCCUUCCCCUCUCUCUGUGUUCUUCCCCCACUCUUUGGGGUUUCCUCCCAGCUCUCUGGAGCAGAAGUACUUGAGGGAGGCAAGAUGCAAGGAGAUGGAGGAAAAGUCAUCCUGCUGCACAGGCAGAAGUUCUUGCACUAACAAGAUGCUUUCAAAUAGAGGACUGUCCUUAGACUGCCCUUCCAAAUAGAGGGGUGUUCUCUGUAAUAUAGGGUGCCUGGCCACCUCAGUACAGUGAAAUGCUCAGCAGGAGAGGCUGUCCUCUCUGGAAUAUCAAUAUCCCCUAGAACAGUAGUAGACAGACUUGAAGAUUGUGGGAUCUUCUUUGUGGUUUUUGGUUUGAACCGCCAGGUCUCAAGUGGUUCAAAAGGCAUAUGCUUGGAAUUAAAAGAAGUCUGAGUCUGAGAAUUUGGUUUGAACUGUGGGUUUUAUGGGUGUUGUGUAAUUUACAUGGGCCUGCUUUUGUUUUUGUUUUAAGGCAAAUUGGAAGCUAUACGCUGGCUCCCUCGGCCAAUAAUGCGAGAUGAGCGCGCAACCCCAGAGUCGGUUACGACUGGACCUAAUGGUCAGGGGUCCCUUUACCUUUACCUUUUAUGACUACUCAUUAUGGAGAAGGAUCUGCCUAUGUGCAAUAUAACAUAUAUAAUUUCUCACAAUGCCUGAAUCUAUCCAUCUACCCUACAUGCCUCUACUGUUACUUUCUUUUAGAGAACAAGUCGAUCCCAUACAAUAUCUCUGUAUUGGAGUUAUGCACUCAAAAGCAGCCGUCCAUGACAUGUCCAGAUAAUACGGUAAUUCUUGCAUGCAUGUGAAAACAAGCGCUGAAAGCCAUACAUGUGGGAAACCCCAUUUGUAAAACCUUUGAGAGACAGGGUAUGAACUACAAUUGUAUUUGAUCUUUAUUAUUUCAUCUAUGAAUUGCUUCUCAUGAAACAUUCCCAAGUGAUUAACAGCAGAAACACCAGCAACAGAAACAUAUAUAAAUACAAUUUCCAGUUCAGUGGAGAUAUGGACAGGGAUGAAAUAAAAUCUCCAUUUAAAAGGCUUCCAUAGGUAUUGAAAAUAUAAUGGAGAUGGCACCUGUCUGCUAUGGAAUGGGAGACUGUUUCAAAGGGCCUCAUUCCAACUUGUAGAGAGUGGGCCUUCUGAUGAGUUGGUAAAUAAAUUUUUAAUAUUUUUUUCAAAAACAAUAAUCAAUAAAAUAAGAAUAUAAAAAUUAACCAUCACCUAACAUUUAUGAUUCUAAUAAAAAAUCUUACUAUUUUACAAACCUUCUUUUGAGGUUCUUGUAACCUCAAAACUUCCUUCCACCCCCUUCUACUGGUUCUUUACAUCUUACAUAAUUCACUGCACUUUGUUAUCAUUUUUAUCCACUUGUUACACCUUUAAAUUCUCUAAUUCUUUACUACUCACAAGUGCUUAAACUAAACCUGCCAAUGUACCAACUCGUUUACAGUAUUUCUGCACAUACACAAUAAAUUUUUCCCAUUCUUUUUUAAACUUCUCAUUGUCAAAGUUUCUGAGUUUUGUCGUCAAUUUUGCCAUUUCUGCAUAGUCCAUAAGUUUUAUUUGCCAUUCUUCUAUUGUUGGCAACUGUUCUUCUUUCCAUCUCUGGGCUACAUAAAUAAUUUAUUCUGUUCUUUGGGAAUUACUGUUCCCAGGGGUGUAGGAAAGGGGGGGGGCGGAGGGGCGGUUCAUCCCGGGUACCACUCUGGGAGGGGUGACAAGAUGGCCACUGCCUCCUCCCCAUUUGUAGAGUGGCCGAGGUUGUGUGCAGUCCAUAUGUGCGCCGCACAUGCGCAGUCCGUACGAACUGCAACUUGCAUGGCGUCCAUACGAGCUGCUGCACAUGCGCACUCCAUACGGGAUGCCACUUGUGUGGCAGCCCAUACGGACACCCUGCAAGUGGCAGCCUGUACAAGUGCCGCGCAUGAGCGGCAACCCAUAUGGACUGGGCAUGUGUGGCAUUCCGUACGGAGUGUGCAUACGUGGGAUGCCACACAUGCUCAGUCUGUAUGGGCGGCGCUGCCCCGGGUGCCGGAGAGGGUUCCUCUGCCACUGACUGUUCCUACUACACCUAGUAGAAAAGCUUCUGGUUUCUUUGCAAAAAUUAGUUUAAACAUUUUCUUCAAUUCAUUGUAUAUCAUUUCCCAGAAGCUUUUAAUAAACUUGCAUCCCCACCACAUAUGACAGGGUGUAGGGUGGUUAGGUGGAAAAAGGAUAGUUGUAUAAAAGAUGGAAUUGUAAGAUGUGCACCUAUCCAUCUUGUUUCACUAUUUAUUUCUCUUCCAUAAAAAACUGCUAUGGUGCUUUUAAAAAGUACAGUUUAUUCAUUAUGUAAGUUUUACGGCUUCAGGUUUAUUUAUUUACUUAGACAAUUUAUAUAUCUCUUAACUACGAUUGUCUAGAAGCAGUGUACAAAGAAUGUAAUACAAUGAAAAUAAACAUAUUUUAAAACAAUAAAAAAUAAGCCAGGAAGCUAUGUUUGUUUGUUUUGGUAGGACUGUCUUGAAUUUGAAGAUUUGCUUCACUUGCAAACAAGGUCAGGGACACUCCAAUCCAAACAUAGUAACUGUUACACCCAUUAAGAACAAUGAUAGAUAAUAUGUGUAGAGAACUCUGUGAUCUAAUAGGACUUUUCCUUCCUAAGCCACUCUAAGCCUGUAAUGAAAGCUAAGUCUGCAUGAGGGUCAGUGUGCAACAGAUUUUAUGUUUCUACACUGAGCACUGGUGAAAGGGUUUGAAGUACUUCUAAAAGGGGCCGUAGUUUGUGAAAUUAAGGGUUAGACUAGUUGUCCAAUGAACUACACCUCAAAGGAUGGCUGCAUCACUCAACAGAGACACAAAUAAUGGGCAGAGCCAAUUUCUUGCAGUCAGUGCUAACAAAUAAAUACAAUGUUUAAUGAAUCCUUUCUUCUUCUUGCGCCAUCUGACUUUGUCCUUUCACUGUUUUUCUGUCAAGUGAACUGACUGUUUAUGCCACAAAUUUCUACUGAUUAUGGGGAGGCGAUAGUAUGAACAGAUUAGUCCUUACCCUGGAGCUUGAAGAUCUGGCUUUGUUCUCUGCUCUUAACAGUGUGUGAUCUUGGCUAGGUGUUUCAGGGUGGGGCUGCACAGGAAGUUUCCCACAAUCCAGGUUUACACUUCAGCGAAUAUCUCCAAGUGCAGGAAGCACUCUCUGGGAAAACAAGGCAUGAUUUCUCAUUGCUAAAAUGUCACCUUCAUUUUUCAGAGUUUCCAAUAGGCAGAGAAUCUGGAAAGACAGCAGUAUCGUGAUGCUUACUGCCCUUGGGUGCAUUGAACUGGUAUACCUACAACUUGGGGGGGAAAACCCACUUUGAUGCAGAAGUGCUUUCAGUGACUCUCAGCACCUGCAAACAUGUUACCUCGUGUCAUGGAGCAAAGAUACCUGGGACUGUUGUACGUUGAUAGCAUCUGAAUUCCUGUGCAAAGUAAAUUUACAAGUUUAUGUACAGAUUUUCUAUUGGUUUCAUAUCCACUGACAUUUAGAUCCUAUUAAUCAUGCCCAGGGCUUUUUUUUUCAGGGGGAACUUGCCAUAACUCAGUUCCAGCACCUUUCAGGGGGACGCCAUUGCCAUUAUAAGAGAACAAGGGAGGCGUUCAUGGGGAGUUCUGGCACCUCUUUUUCUAGAAAAAUAGCACUGAUCAUACUCCAGAUUUUUCAUGGGAACACCCACUGGAAGAGACAAGUAGGUUAGACAUUUUCCUCUGCAACACCAUUGCAAUACAAGAUCAGGAAGGUCCUCUAUAGAGUUGAAACAACAUAGUAGUUAAGAGCUACUGUGAGUUGGUGAUGCGCAGUUUACUUCUGGAAACUCACUGAGUGGAGUUGGGUAAGCCCCACUACCUAUUUAACCUCAUCUCUCAUGUGUGUCUACCUUACAGGGUUGUAGGAUUACUGAGGUAAUAGAGUGUGAGGUGUUCUGCACUCUUAAAUGCACUCUAUAAUUCUGAAACAUAUCAUACUGUACUAUUACACCCCUGAGCAUGAAUUCUGUCUGCAUUGGCGCAGCCUCCCUCUGUCCAGAGAUUUGGGGAAACUUUCCCUGUCCUUCUGGCAGUGUUUACAAAGUUUUAGCCUCUCUUUGUCCUCUGGCCUCCUGGGCGGUGGGGCUUGUGGCUGGGCUGUGGGCCAGGAGCUGAUCUGACACAUGGAAGCGGGAUUUAUGGGAUCCUGCUUUGAUUCCAGCUCAAGGGGCAUGUAGGGCUGAAGCUGGGAGAGGCGUAGCAUUUUGGUCAGUGGCAGGGAGAAGGGUGAGAGCAUCCAGCUGCUGCUUCUCCUCCUCCUGCUGCCAUACUCUCCUUUGAUGCUUUUAAGAACUUUUUUGGAUGCUUGUUUCUCCAAAUGAGGACUGGCAGGCCGGCUGAAAAAUGCAUGCAAAGCCCGCCCACACACUUCUGGUAGGAAGAACACUUUGAUUCCGUUGUGGCAACUCGCCCCGUUAGUUCAACCCAGGGCUCCUCCCUUCUUUUCUCUGCUGAUGCAUCUCAGCCUGGUCUUGUGAUUUCUGCUGCUGUCAUCGCAAGUUUUCUGUAGUUGUUUCUUCUUGUUUCUGUAGUUGUCCACAGUCUCAUUUUUCUUCUUCUGGACUUGGAGACCUGUAUGUCCAGCUCCACACCUGCAUGCACAUGUAUGUGCGCGCGUACACACACACAGACAGUUUUUCCAGCCCCAUAGCCUUCAAAGCAGCUCCUUGAUUUCAAUUCUGCCAAGUGCUUUAUCUUGCAAUUAUUACACAUGUCUGCAUCAGUCUUCCUGAACACCAAUCUGAAGCUCUCUUUAGUCCAAGCCCUGUGGCUCCCAUUCAGUUAACACCUCUGCUGGUUAUGCCUGCAUUCCCUAGGGGUUGGACUAAAUGACCCUUUGAGCCCCUUCCAAAUGGUUGUAUGAUCAGCCUCUGUUGUGAAUGCCAGCUUAUUGGAAGCUUAUUGGGCAUUUCCGGUUAGUUAAAAUGUUGACUAGGUGCCCCAAAGUCAUGGUCAGGUUUGCCAUAUUGCUGUUUCCAAUGAAAACAAGCAGUGUACCACUGAGCACUUUUUAGUUUGGGACCUAGCAUUGCCCUGAGAUGUGCUCCCUAAAGGGAGAUAUGCAAGGAGAGGAUGUCAUUUUGAGUGUAAUUACUCAUUUUGCAUAUAGUACAUGUGUAGCCUUAGCGAUGGGAGCAUGUGUGUACCAUUGAAUGUACCAUUGAAGGUGGUUUUAUAUUCUGAUUUUGUUCUGUCAACUACCUUGAAACUUUCAGGUAUAGGGCAGUACAGUGGUACCUCUGGUUAUGAACCUAAUUCGUUCCAGAGAUCCAUUCUUAACCUGAAACUGUUCUUAACCUGAGGUACCAUUUUAGCUAAUGGGGCCUCCUGCUGCCGCCAGCAUGCGAUUUCUGUUCUCAUCCUGAGGUAAAGUUCUUAACCCGAGGUACUACUUCAACUGUACCUUUCAGAGCCAGUGUGGUGUAGUGGUUAAGAGCGGUAGACUCGUAAUCUGGGGAACUGGGUUUGCGUCUCCGCUCCUCCACAUGCAGCUGCUGGGUGACCUUGGGCUAGUCACACUUCUCUGAAGUCUCUCAGCCCCACUCACCUCACAGAGUGUUUGUUGUGGUGGAGGAAGGGAAAGGAGAAUGUUAGCUGCUUUGAGACUCCUUCGGGUAGUGAUAAAGUGGGAUAUCAAAUCCAAACUCUUCUUCCAGGUUAGCGGAGUUUGUAACCUGAAGUGUUUGCAACCCGAGGUGUUUGUAACCCGAGGUACCACUGUAUAUAAAUUCAAUCAAUAAAAUAAUAAUAAUAAUGCCACAACAGAAGAAGCUUCCAAUGUGACCACUGUACUCAGCGCUCAGAAUUCUCUGCAGUGGCUCCUUAGGAUUUCAGACUAAUGGCUUUCCCAGCCCUACCUGAAAAUGCCUGGGGUUGAAUUUGGGUCCAUCUGAGUGCAAGGCAGAUCCUGUACCGCUUAGCUUGGGCCCUUUUUACUGGUACUCUGUGACCUCUGGAAAAGUGUUGCAAGAGGUUUAUGGCAACCUGCCUUGCAUUCUGUAUGGUUGCAAAUUAAACAAAAGUGGUAAACCACAAAGAUAUGGAAGUCUUUAUGUUUCAUGUUGAAGAUGGUUUGAGUCCAAAGCGUUUCGAGCCAGAAACAGCCUUCUUCUGGAGAGACAUUAGAAAGAUGAUUAAAAUAUCUCUGUCGGUCCCUACUAACAGAUGCGUACCCAUGUCACACACAAGAGUUCAUUAGCAAGAGUGGUGCUAGGAGGAGUUUGCCGGAGACACAUGCAAUUCACCAGCUGCUUCCAGUUGUGCUGGUAAAAAGGAAGUGGAAUAUCUGAAGGGAAAAUAUUUGUAUACACUGCAACUAAAGAAAGUGCAUCAUAAUUUCAAUCUCUCUCUCAAAAACAAUAAAUGGAACAGCUGUAUGAGACUCCGUAGAUCUUGGCCAAGUUACUCUUCUUCCACAGAUCACUUUUCCAACAGUGCCCUGCCUUGUAGGGGCGUGGUGAGAAUAAAUAUUUAGCAGCGUGAGUGGGCAGAUGCUUAGAUGUUAUGGUAAUAGGGCCAAAUAAAUAAUUUUAUAGCUGACUUUCCUCUUCUCAGUCACCAGGGAGGCCUAUAAAAUGUGUUUACUGACAAACUCUGAAGCUGUUUUUUUGUGUGAAAGGGCUUUGGUUUUACAAUCCUGUUUCAGGCAGGAUCGUUCUUGGUAUCUGCAGUUUGUCCAGCUCCUGCAGUUCCAGUUUUUGUCUGCUGUGGGUUCUAAUUCAGGUGUAUGCAGUUUUCAGCUUAAUCACCUGAGUAAAGCUUAAGUGGAUUCUGAAAACUUUAAUAGUUUUUAUUCUGGACAAGGAGCCAUAAUGAAAGACGGAACACUUUUAUUCACCCAGUGACUGGCCAAAUCCCAGAAGAGAACAACCAGUUUGACUUGCAAAGAUCUGCCUUGGACAUGUCAAGCAAAUCAGGCAGCAAACGGCCGGCAGCAGUCAACAGUGAAUCAUCCAAUCACACCAUGGUUUCAGACUUGCCUCAGGAACGACCAAAUGGCAGGGCCUCGCGCUCCUCUCGGAAGGGGAUUGCUUUUGGGAAGCGCUCCAAUUCAAUGAAGAGGAAUCCCAACGCUGCAGUGACUAAGAGUGGCUGGCUCUUCAAGCAGGCGAGUUCUGGGGUGAAGCAAUGGAAUAAGCGCUGGUUUGUACUGGUGGAUCGCUGCCUUUUCUACUACAAAGAUGAGAAGGAGGAAAGCAUCUUGGGCAGCAUCCCACUUCUCAGUUUUCGUGUUGCAGCUGUUCAGCCGUCGGAUAACAUCAGCAGGAAAUACACCUUUAAGGUGACUGUGUGCUGGAUGGAAGAGACACCAGGGAAUAACAAGAAGUCCCUCUCUCCCCAGGCUGAGCACGCCGGCAUCCGGACUUACUUCUUCAGUGCAGAGAACAACGAGGAGCAGGAAUCCUGGAUUCAAGCCAUGGGCGAGGCUGCCCGGGUGCAAAUCCCACCUGCUCAGAGGCACGAGAAGACUGAUUCUGAGAACAUCCCUCCAAGCAGGAACCACCAGCAUCACCACCACCGCAGUGUCCCAACCAGAGAGGCUGCCAAAGCUGAGCCAGAAGCCAAGACCAGAGGCGAAGGAGAUGGGCGUGGCUCUGAGAAGAUUGACAGGAAAACAGAGCGAGCCGAGAGCAAGAAGGAGCCUCUGGUGAAAGCCAACGGCAUUGACAGCCAAGAAAUGCCCUCUGAACCUGGAAGCCCUUAUCCUGACGCUUCCCGUCUGGCUGCUGGAGUGGAGAGGCCCACCCAGCCAAAUGGCUGGCAGUACUCAUCUCCUAGCCGGCCAGGCAGCAUGGCCUUCCCGCAGCACGAUGGUGAGAGUGCUAUGCCUCGCCGGAGUUUUGCUCCGCGCACCAAUCCUGAGAAGAUUGCCCAGAGGAAGAGCUCCAUGACGCAGCUGCAGCAGUGGGUGAACUUGCGCCGUGGGGCUCCACCUCCUGAGGAUCUCCAUAGCCCCACCAGGUUCUACCCGAUGUCCCGAAGAGUCCCUGACUACUACCCCCCCUACUCACCUCAGUACUCUGAAGAUUACCAAUACUACCCUCCUGGGGUGCGUCCCGACAGCAUCUGCUCUAUGCCUGCCUUUGAGCGUGUGAGCCCUCAGUGGACUGUGGACGACAAGCGCCACUCCUUCCGCAACAGCGGCUCCUACCAGCUGCGGGACUGGAAAGAGCAGCCAGGCUACGGCAGGCAGGACGUUCCCAUCUGGAUGUCAGGCCCGACCCGGCCGCCAGUGUACUAUGACGAAAUGGAUGCCGCCUCAGGCUCCUUGCGCAGGAUGUCCCUCCAGCCUCGCUCCCGGUCAGUCCCCCGCUCGCCGAGCCAAGGCUCCUACACCCGAGCCAGAGUGUACUCCCCUGUCAGGUCACCAAGCACCCGCUUUGAAAGAGUGCCUCCCCGGAGUGAGGAGAUUUAUGCGGAGCCGACGACAUACAUGAUGAGGCGAUCGGUCAGUUCACCAAAGUAUGAUUAUCUGGGUGACAGGAGGCCUGUCCCUGCAGGAAUGUUCCCCUUCAACUAUCCAGCAUCCCCUACGGUCCACGACAAAAUGGAUGAACUUUUAGACCUUCAGUUGCAAAGAAACCUAGAGUAUUUGGAUCAGCAGGUGUCUCAUUUCCCCGAAGCCUAUAGAGAGUCGCUGCACACCUACAAGAUAAGCGAGCAGGAUACAGAUAAGCUCCUGGGAAAGCUCUGUGAGCAAAACAAGGUGAUGAGGGAACAGGAGAGGCUGGUGCAGCAACUUCGUGCAGAGAAGGAAAGUCUGGAGAGUGCAUUGAUGGGGACACACCAGGAGCUAGAGAUGUUUGGGAGCCAACCAGCCUACCCCGAAAAACUGCUGCACAAGAAGGAAUCCCUCCAGAACCAAUUGAUCAAUAUUCGGGUGGAGCUGUCCCAAGCCAGCACGGCUUUGGCCAACAGCACCAUAGAAUAUGAGAACCUGGAGGGUGAGGUGUCAGCCUUGCAUGAUGACCUGUGGGAACAACUGAACUUGGACAUCCAGAAUGAAAUGCUCAACCGGCAAAUCCAGAAGGAGAUCUGGCGGAUCCAGGAUGUGAUGGAGGGGCUGAGGAAGAACAACCCAUCUCGGGGCACAGACACAGCAAAGCAUAGGGUAUCCCUUGGCCCAUCAGGAACCUACAGCUCCAACAGCCCAGCCAGCCCUUUGAGCUCAGCCAGCCUCACGAGUCCCCUGAGCCCUUUCUCUCUCGUGUCGGGAUCCCAGAGCUCCCCUACUAAGCAAGGCAGCAACGAGGAGCCCGGUCCACCUCGACCUCCCCUCCCCAAAUCAUAUGUGCCCUUGGAAUCUCCUCCGACUGUCCCUCCGCUCCCUACCGAAAGCCGCCUCUGGCCGUAUCCUAACUCCCCUUCCUGGCAGCAAAGCAGCGAGGCGAAGAGGGGACAGUCCAAGUCCAGCUUUGAGCAGAACAAGAAGGACCAUCACCGGACGUCAGCCUCAAAUUCUGCUGUGGAGGCUGGUCUCUUGCAGACAAGGCAAGACCUGGAUGCUGAUAAGCAAGUUGCUCUCAACAAAGUUGGCAUUGUUCCCCCAAGGACCAAAUCACCCAUGGAUGACGACACCAUCCCCAUGUCAGGUGUGGUGCGGAGGGGUGCCAGCAACUUAGCCAAUGGGCUGAAUGCCCGGGACAGGCCAAAGAGUGCAGUAUUUUCGAAUGAAAUGAAGGCAAAGAUGAGCGUAGAGGAGCAGAUAGAUCGCAUGAAGCGCCACCAAAGUGGUUCUAUGAAGGAGAAGAGGCGGAGCUUGCAACUUCCAGCCAAUCAGCAACAGGCAGACAGCCUUCUCUCUAAAGCACCUGCCUCUUACAAAGUGGUGCGCAGGCAUCGCAGCAUCCAUGAGGUGGACAUAUCUGAUCUGGAAGCAGCGUUACGCUCUGAAGACUCUGGCAGGAUGUAUGAGACUCCUCGGGAGGAGAUUGCGCGUCUGCGCAAAAUGGAGCUGGAGCCAGAGCAUUAUCAUGUGGACAUCAGCAAGGAGCUUUCCACCCCAGACAAAGUCCUCAUCCCAGAAAGGUACAUUGAGCUGGAACCUGAUACUCCACUGAGCCCAGAGGAGAUGAAGGAGAAGCAAAAGAAAGUGGAGAGGAUAAAGACGCUGAUUGCCAAAUCCAGCAUGCAGAAUGUGGUCCCCCACAACGAGGGAGAAGUGGACGUGACCCAGGACCCAGAAACCCAGUUGCAGGAACAGGAGAAGCGAAUAGAGAUCUCCUGUGCCUUGGCUGCAGAAGCCUCCCGACGGGGCCGCAUGCUCUCAGCUCAGUGUGCCACCCCGAGCCCUCCCACCUCCCCAGUCUCCCCGACUCCACCGACCAAGUCCCUCUCGUCUGAUUCAUCCCAGGGCGGCGACAACCAUUUUAUGCGUGUCUGAGCCAUAAACACAGGCCCUGGCUGCUGUGAAUGCUGUGAAGUUCCACGGAGCCACGUUCUAACCCACGGCGUCUGCACCCCAACCGCUGAACAACGCGCGUGGUCAUUGUUAGGGUUCUCUCGGCACACCCAUCUCCUUCAGUUGAGCUGCGGAAACUUUUCAGGAAAGAAAAGCUGCCAUCGAGGGAGAGCAGGGAUGGCACUUGCCUUUGUCCCAUUUCUUCUUGUCCUGCUGCUGCUGCUAUGGCCUGUACCAACUGCCCACGGUUCAGCAGGCUAUAGUGCAGGAGCUGUUUCCAUUCUUGCUGGACAGGUCCUCUGUAUCAGGUGCAGCAGACUCCCAAGGCUAAGGACCAGCAGCAAAAGAACAGCUGCGUCUCAGCAAAGAGGCAGCACUGAGCCAGAAAAGGGAUGCUGGCAACAAGAGGGGGAGUUGAUGUAGCUCAUCUCCUGGAGCUCUAUAGCCUGCAAGUGCAGGCAGCAGGGAAGGAAGGUUGUGUGAAGAAUGACUUUGUAUCUGCAGCCAGGGAAUUCAUUACCCUCUACUGAAGUGAGCACUAGAUGUUUCUUCUCCUCCUCCUUCCCCCCCUCUCCCCCCUUACACACACACACACACACACACACACACACACACACACACACACACUUUGGUCUCUUCUCUGCCAACCAGAAUGGCUUUCAGCAUCUUUCGCCUGUGGAGCUAAGCAACCCGUGCACGGCCACACUUCCCUGCUUAUGCUCACAGCCUUUCACAGGAAAAGGAAAGACAGCAAGGAAGCAUGAGUGGAUGGACAGAACUUUGUGGGCGUGGCAGAAGGCAGAAGGUUGACCAUGUGGGGACCCAAAAGCAGCUUUGGAAGCUUGCUAGGGUUGUGAGGAUGUUGCUGUGGCUGGGAUAGGCCGGCGUUUUCUUCUUUCCCAAGCUUAGGGGUUGGGUGGAUGGAAUGGAAGGUGCGGGCAAUGUAUGUGGACGUGUUUUAGGGGUGCGGGUGGAAGAUAUAAUGGGGGAGGGAAGAGGUUAGAAAAGCUUAGUUGGCUGUGAUUCGCCACUAGGUGAAGCUUUAAUGCUUUCUGUGACCCAGAGAGGUUGUCUUUUAUCUGUAGGGGAAGAAAAAAGAAAACGGGGACUGGGUGGGUGACAUUUCUUCUCACAUCACAGGCAACUCAGGAGAGUGCCACUGAGCAUUUUCCUCCUGGCUUCUCCAGGGCUUCAAGUAAUAGGAUGAAAACUGUGCGCUGGAUAGAUCACUGUGUUCGCCAAGCACUUGUCGCUUGCACCAUCCCGUGAAGCAGCAGGUACUGCUGAUGAAAACUGGAUAGGGGACUAGAUGGAAUAUGGAUCUAAACUAGACUGGAUGGGCCAUGAAUCAGCCUCCAUGGAACGUGUGAAGCAAAGCUCUCCUGGCUACUGGAGGAGGGGGGAGGGGACUGAAGCAAGACCUCUGAUGUUCAUCAUGUAUCCUCUUGCUUUAUUUCCCACCACAAUAGCUUGUAGGCAGUGCUUUUUUUUUCCUAAGAAAAAUGUUUAGGGAUACUCUCAUUUUCCUACUUAUAUUGAAAUACUGCCCCUCAAUGAGGCCAAACUUAGAUUCACAAACUGUUUAGGGGUAUCUGUCCCCCUGCAUCCCCCCAGAAAAAAAGCACUGCUUGUAGGUGAUUUGGAAGUAGAGUUCUCUCUCCAACACAGCCUUCAUCAGUCUCCUCUCUGAAGGGUGCAGUAAUCAUUGCCGUGACCUUUCAGAGCAAUUGAGCUCGUAUAUUAAGAGCAUAGGACUAGUGAUAUACCUGCUCCAAGCUCAGACCACCUCAAAUGAGCCUUCAGUAGUUUCUCAAUAGUUUGAGAGCAGAACCAACUCAGAAUAGAGAUUGGCCAGAGGUGCAGGCAAAGAGAGAGGACUUGGCAGACCUCAAGAAAUACCAACCAAACCUCCCUUGAAACGUAUUCAAACAGUGCUGAUUCAUACCUAGCCAGGAAACUUACCAGAACAAGGGUCUAAAUGGGAUCUUCUUUCACCCCGCAUGUUGUCUUCUGAAAGGGGACUUCUACCUGGUAAGGCUUAUCUGAAUAUCAUUUAGGGCCGUGGUAGUCAACUUCCGUGCUCUUGGAGGAUGGUUUCUUCUCUAGUGAUUCAUGGGGUGGACAUAUAUUUCACCACACAACCUAGACCUUUUUAACAGUAGUCAAGCUCUGCAUUAAAGCUGGCACCAACUUGCAAUAAGGGCUUUGCAGUUCUGCAGCAUAGCACUCAGGCGUGGAUAGGGCAUUGCACAGCAAACCCAGAGAGAUGUAACAUUAAAGCAUGGGCUGCCUCACGCCACAACUUUUGGAAAUAAUUUUACUUCUACUUGGACCCUGUGGGCCAAAGUUUUUACACUCAAAAUAUUGUCGGGCCAUCAUGAGGCACAUGAAAUUGCUUCAUACCAAAAAUAAGGUCAAGCUGGACAAAGUCUUCCCAAACUGGUUCCUUCAUUCUGUUUCAAAUCUUUCAGAAGAAAUUCAGAUUGUUCUAACUCUAGCUUAGAACACAAAAAUGCAGCUGGCUUUUCUUUUCUUUUAAUUCCCUUGAGCUGGAUUUUCAGAUGGGGUCUUGGUUAUUUUGUUUUU